UAGAUAAACUCGAUCUCGUCCGGAAUAACAUCGUAGUUGUCGGUCCGUGUUUAGAGUCGAGAGCAAACGAUCAAAUUUCGAAUUAAUUACGGAUCACCACGUUGACAGUGAAGGAGACCAUCCGCGCUCUCGCAGACACUUGUGAUUGUGACUUCAAUGCAGAGAGAUCGCUCCCCGUUGGAUGUAAAUCAGAGUUGACCACAUUUCAGGUUAACAAUGGUGCUCGUAGAAUUAAUCGGGGCUUCCGUCGUUGCCCUGAGCAUUGUGUACCUUUAUUAUAAAUUUGUGAUAUUCAAUUUUUGGCGCAAGAGAGGUGUUUUUUACCUCGAACCCGUUGUACCGACGGGAAAUAUAACGAAUCUCAUACUUGGAAAAGUGCAAGUAGGUGUAUUUCUCCAUGAUAUCUACAUCAAAUAUAAGCAUCAUGGCGUUAUUGGAACCUAUUCACUCUUUAAACCAAAUUUGAUAAUUGCCGAUCACGAUCUUGUACAAACGGUGCUAACAAAGGAAUUUGCAAGUUUCCAUGAUCGUGGAACGUAUUGCAACGAGAAACUUGACCCAUUGUCCGCUCAUUUGUUUUCAAUGCCUGGGAAGAAAUGGCGAAAUAUGCGAGUCAAGAUGACACCCACUUUUACUUCGGGAAAAUUAAAACAAAUGUUUCCAAUCCUGCAGGAAUGUGGCGAAAAACUUGCAGAAUAUCUAGAGUGUAAAGCAAAGAUGAAAGAUUCCAUCGAGGUAAAAGAUAUAUUUGCAAGAUAUACAACGGAUGUAAUCACGUCAAUGGCAUUAGGUAUCAAAACUAAUUGCAUUGAGGAGCCGAAUAACGAGUUUUGUACCAAGGGAAAAAAAGUUUUUGAGAUGAGUCCUAUUUGGAUCCCUCUUUUUAUAUUUGUGCCGCAAGUAAUGGAAUUCUUUUCCAUCCCCUUCACAGACCGAUCAGUCACCAAGUUUUAUAUGAAUUUGUUUCGAGAUAAUGUGGAACAUAGGCGAGCUCAUAAUAUUGUAAGAUAUGACUUUAUGAAUUUGCUCAUGCAACUCAUGGAGAGAGGCUAUGUUGACCCUGACGAUGACAAGGAGGCAACUAAUGAAUCAUCAACCAAAAGUAGACUCACUAUGGCGGAAGCAGCUGCGCAAAGUUAUAUCUUUUUCAUAGCUGGUUUUGAAACUUCCUCAACGACAGCGACAUUUGCUCUUUACGAAUUAGCACAAAAUCAUGAUAUACAAGACAAAGCACGCAAGGAAAUCGAUGAAAUAGUAAAAGAACAUGGUGGUCUGACUUACGACGCUCUGAAUGAAAUGACAUAUCUUCACAAAGUAGUAAAAGAAACUAUGAGAAAAUAUCCACCGCUUCCAGUAUUGAAUCGCACAUGUACCAAAGAAAUAGACUUACCUACAAUAAAUAUUCGCAUACCAACGGGAACGUUAAUAACUAUACCAGUACUUGGGCUGCAUCGAGAUCCGUCAGUAUAUCCAGACCCAGAUAAAUUUGAUCCCGAACGAUUCAAUGUAGACGUGGUAGCAGAGAGACAUCCUUAUGCUUAUUUACCAUUCGGGGAAGGUCCGCGAAUAUGCAUCGGUACUCGAUUUGGCUACAUGCAAACAAAAGUUGGGCUUGCAAGUCUGCUGUCAAAAUAUAAAUUCAGUCUUCACCCCCGGACUCGGGUUCCUGUUAUCUUCAGCGAAAAGUAUCUAGUUCUUUCAGCGAAAGACGGUGUACACUUGAUUAUAGAGCCAAGAUAAAAUACUAAUAACAUGUACUCUAACAUACAUGCACAUUAUUUUUAUCAUUAUAUAAUUCUUAUAGUAUGUACUAAUGUAAGCGGGUUUAUAUUGAUCUUUUUGAACCAAUGAUAAAACAAGCCGUCUCCAAAGACGAGCUUUCUACUUAUAUGUUGCAUAUACUAUGUAUAUGUAUAAUAACAUUAUUUCAUUAAAAGCAACCCAGAUACAACUAAUUUUUAUACUUUAAGGAAUUUAGUGUAACUAAAAAUAAAUGUCAAAAAGUCUUAAUAAAUAGAGGUUUGCAAAUGAGCCAUUUUUUAGAUACUUGCAAUAAUAUGAUAACUUAAUUUACUUAAUUCGUAAAAAUACUUCUUCAUGGAUCAAUAAUCUCGGUAAUCAUAGCAACGAGUUGACCCGUUUAAAAGAAAAAGUAAAAAUAAUAGGAAUAAAAAAAUUAAAAAUACCUCAAAAACGACUCAUUUGCGGACCUAGAUUUAUUAAGACUUUUCGUCUUAUUUGUGGGCAUGAUAAAUUCUUUUAAAUAGUU